UUGCCAAAUAUCUUUUGACAAACACAAACAUUAGGCAUUUUGCACAAAUAAAAGCAAAAAGGUUUAUAUUAUCGUUCUCGAUUUUGGGUUCAUCAAUUUCUGUAUAUUUUCCUCCCAUUUUGUUUGUUUCUUGACAAUCCAACACUAUUUAUUUCUAAAAUAAUAUAUAGAACAUCAAAAACCAUUUUAAGCAAAUAAGCUAAAGAAAAAUAGUAUGGUCUUUUGGGUUAUUGGAAAUAUGGUGAUUGGUUUCUUUUGGGCCUCACAUUCUCGGUAAAAAAGAAGGUUUGUCAUUUGGGUUGAUGAAAAAUUGCCAAAAUAUGGGAUUCUGAGGUGCAGAGAGACAGAAAAAUGAACGAAAAACUGAGUAGCAUUAUCAAGGUGAAGAAAUCACAAGCUGGUGUAAAGAAAAGGGCAAACAGCAUAUUUUCGACAAUGUCGGUUGCCCAUGUGGAUGAUGAUGACAUUAUUGGAAAGAAAACCAAAAUGCAGGGAGAGACAAUAUCCAAAGGGCAUAAGAAUUAUGAGCUCAUGCUUAAUUUGCAGCUUGGAAUAAGACAUUCUGUAGGAAGACCUGCUCCAGCUACAUCCCUUGAUCUGAGAGAUACAGCUUUUAAUCCCAAGGAGAAAAUAUGGACUCGAUUUCCUCCGCAAGGAUCAAAACAUACUCCACCUCACCAAUCGUGUGCAUUCAAAUGGAAGGAUUACUGCCCCUUGGUUUUCAGGACAUUAAGAAAAUUGUUUAAGGUGGAUCCAGCUGAUUAUAUGAUAUCCAUAUGUGGAGAUAAUGCACUUCGGCUGCUCUCGUCUCCUGGAAAAAGUGGAAGCUUCUUCUACUCGACCAAUGAUGACAAAUACAUGAUUAAGACCAUGAAGAAGUCAGAAGUAAAAGCGUUGAUAAGAAUGCUUCGAGCUUAUUACAAUCAUGUUCGAGCCUUUGAGAAUACUUUGGUAACCAAAUUUUUUGGCCUUCAUUGUGUGAAAAUGAUUGGACCUGCACACAGGAAGGUGCGGUUUGUUAUAAUGGGAAAUUUGUUUUGCUCCGAGUAUGCCAUUCAUCGACGUUUUGACUUGAAAGGUUCUUCACAGGGUCGUGUAACGGACAAACCUGAAUCUGAAAUUGAUUCAACUACCACUCUCAAGGAUCUUGAUUUGAAUUAUAUCUUCCGAUUGCAGACAUCUUGGUUCCAAGAGUUCUGCAGGCAAGUGGACAAGGACUGUUAUUUUCUUGAGCAGGAGAGAAUUAUGGAUUACAGUCUUUUGGUUGGGAUUCACAUUAUACAAAUAUCACAAACUGGGGAGCCACUAAGAAUGGAGGCUGGUAUUUUCCCAGUCCAGACUCCUGGGGAUAGAGAUGAAGAUGGUGGAGAAGCAGCUCCAGAACUAUCUAGAUUAGGUAUGAACAUGCCAGCGCGUGCUGAACUGGCGACAAGAAGAAAUGACAGCGAGUUCGCUAUGGAACCAACUGGGGAGUACUAUGAUGUCAUCUUGAUCUUGGGUAUAAUAGAUAUAUUGCAAGAUUAUGAUAUUAGCAAGAAGCUUGAACAUGCAUACAAGUCAUUCAAUUAUGAUCCAACUUCAAUAUCUGCCGUUGAUCCCAGCCAGUAUUCGAGGCGUUUCCGUGAUUUCAUCUUCAGAAUCUUCACACAGGACACUACUUAAAAGUUAAAACAAUGUUAGAGGUGAUUAAAUUGUAGGAACAUAUGUGUUUUAUGAUUCAGUUAAGUAUUAGGUGAGCCUGCUGUAAUUGUAAAUGCAAGAAUAGAAGAUUUUGGGUUAGUUUUUUUUGGACCCAAUAUUUUUGUUCCAGAAGUUGAGGAGAGUAUACAAAUUCCAAUGGAAUCAA